AAAUAACGGAAGAAAUUAUACCAGUAUUAGAACAAGAUAUCAAUCUUUUGAAAUAUUAUAAUCCUAUGGUAAUUGAAGAUUUUUUGAAUCCGAAAGAUGAAGUUUUAGUUAAAAAAGAUUUAACUGAAAAAGAAAUUGUCGAGCUUAUUUGUGAUUCAAAUAAAUUGGAAAAUGAGAUUGAAGAUGAUAGUUCAGAAAUUCCAUUAGUACCAAUUGGAGAAGCGAUAGAAUCAUUAAAUAAG